AUGUCGUUAUCUCCGGAUGCAGAGAAACCCCCGCUGCGGCUCGUUCUGGCCAAAGAUGCGAUUUCUUAUAAAUCAUGCGUUGCAUUUCUCCAUAAAUACAGCUCUCAUUGUAAUAUUAACAUUUUGCUGUGUACAAGCAGGGGGUUCCUUUGGUUUUUCACAAGCCUUCUUUCUGUCUCCAGGAUAAUUAUUCAUUCACAAGAGAAAGAGUAUGCUGAUCCGGAUUAUAUUCCCAUCAACAGCCGCUUUAAAUGUGUACAAGAGGCAGAAGAAACUCUACUGAUUGAUAUAGCAACAAACACAGGUUGCAAGAUCCGGAUACAAGGUGACAAGACAGCUGAACGGCUCUUUGAAAUCCCUGACGAGGAGCGUUGCUUGGGCUUCCUUUCAGAAAUACAGAGCAUACAGGAAGCCCACUCAAAAGCUUCUCCUGAAAAUAAGGACCCAGCCAGCUGGCAUCAGGUGAAGAACCUCACAGGUCUAUCGCAGGCCUCUGUUUCAGGAGCUCUGGGGUUUGAGGAUGACUUCAAUAGUAUAAGCCUGGAGAAGAAAAGAAACGUACAAAAUCACCAAAUGGGAUCUCGCCGGGAACCUCCACCUCCUCCUGUGCCUCAAAAUAGACAAUUUCAGCGAGAGAGAGAGGGUACCUCAAGGGACCAGCCAAAAGUAACCAACACUAUGCGCAAAAUAUUUUUACCCAGCACCCAGUCAGGACAAAGAGAAGGUCUCAUCAAACACGUGCUUGCCAAGAGAGAGAAGGAGUAUGUUAACCUUCAGAACUUCAGAUUUUUUGUGGGGACCUGGAAUGUGAAUGGGCAGUCUCCAGACAGCAGCUUGGAGCCCUGGCUUGUGUGUGACACGGAGCCUCCAGACUUCUAUUGUGUUGGGUUCCAGGAGCUGGACAAGUAUAAGAAAGUGCAAAUGGUCCGUCUAGUUGGGAUGAUGCUGCUUGUAUUUGCUAAGAAGGAUCAGCUGAGUAAUAUCAGAGAUAUCAUGAUAGAGUCUGUGGGCACUGGAAUCAUGGGAAAGAUGGGUAACAAGGGUGGUGUGGCUGUGAGGUUUGUGUUCCACAACACGACGUUCUGCAUUGUCAAUUCCCACUUAGCUGCUCAUGUGGAGGACUUUGAGCGGCGAAAUCAGGAUUAUAAGGAUAUCUGUGCUCGGAUGACUUUUGUAACUCCUGAUGACAGUCUACCUCAGCUCAACAUCAUGAAACAUGAUGUUGUCAUCUGGUUAGGAGACUUGAACUACAGGCUUUGUCUCCCUGAUGCCAGUGAGGUGAAAAAUCUGAUCAGUAAGAAUGAGCUUCAGAAAUUGUUGACAUAUGACCAGUUGAAUAUUCAGCGUACUCAUAAGAAAGCAUUUGCUGAUUUCACCGAGGGAGAGAUUAAAUUCAUCCCCACAUAUAAGUAUGACUCUAAAACAGAUCGCUGGGAUUCCAGUGGAAAGUGUCGUGUGCCAGCAUGGUGUGAUCGAAUCCUCUGGAGAGGGGGGAACAUAAGUCAGCUCCGCUAUCGCAGUCAUAUGGACCUGAAGACUAGUGAUCACAAGCCAGUCAGCGCGCUUUUCCGCAUUGGGGUAAAGGUUGUGGAUGAGCAGAGAUACCGGAAGGUAUUUGAAGACAUUGUUCGUAUGAUGGACAGAAUGGAGAAUGAUUUCCUUCCUUCGCUGGAGCUAAGCAGGAGAGAAUUUGAUUUUGAGAAUGUGAAGUUCCGGCAGCUGCAGAAGCAGAAGUUCCAAAUCACCAAUAACGGGCAGGUCACCUGUCACUUCUCCUUCAUCCCAAAGCUCAACGACAGCCAGUACUGUAAGCCAUGGCUUCGGGCUGAGCCUUGUGAAGGUUACUUGGAGCCGAAUGAGAGCGUAGACAUCUCCCUGGAUGUGUACGUCAGUAAGGACUCAGUGACCCUCCUGAACUCGGGCGAGGAUAAAAUUGAGGAUAUUCUUGUCCUUCAUCUGGACCGAGGGAAGGACUAUUUUCUCACCAUCAGCGGGACCUACUUGCCCAGCUGCUUUGGCACCUCCCUGGAAGCUCUGUGCCGAAUGAGACGACCAAUCCGAGAAGUUCCAGUCACUAAGCUCAUUGACCUGGGAGAAGACAGCUUCUUAGAAAAGGAGAAAUCAGUUCUGCAGAUGGGCUCCCUGGACAGCGAGGAGGCAAGUGAGAUACCGCUGCAGGUGCCAAAGGAAAUCUGGCUCUUGGUGGACCACUUGUUCAAGAAUGCCUGCCACCAGGAGGACCUCUUCCAGACUCCAGGCAUGCAGGAGGAAUUGCAGCAGAUCAUCGACUGCCUGGACACCAGUAUCCCUGAGACAAUCCCGGGCAGUAACCACUCUGUGGCUGAAGCACUCCUCAUCUUCCUAGAGGCUCUGCCGGAGCCGGUGAUAUGCUAUGAGUUGUAUCAGCGAUGCCUCGACUGUUCACACGAUAGCCGGCUGUGCAGACAGGUGAUUUCUCAGUUGCCUCGUUGCCAUCGCAGUGUGUUUCGAUACCUAAUGUCAUUUCUCCGGGAGCUCCUCAAAUACUCAGAAGACAACAAUGUCAGUGCCAGCAUGAUUGCCACCCUGUUCACCAGCCUCCUCCUGCGACCUCCACCCAAUCUGAUGGCAAAACAGACUCAGCAAGACCGCCAGCGUGCAAUCAACUUCCUCUUCGGCUUCUUGCUUGCAGGGGACGAGGAGUGACCCCUACAUAUGUGCCAAAGCUGGGGCCCUGCACUGUAGGGCCCUGUGCUGAGGUCAGGCCUCUGACAGUUCCUGAAGUUUGGAAGGCUCUGGGCUAUUCAAAGUGCCGUGUUUACAGUCAGAAAGGAAGUGUUCUCCUCUCCUUCCCGCUGCUGUACCCUGCACUGCAGAGGACCUGCACGCUCAUUGCACUGCCAUCCAAGUCAGGAGCCUUCUGCUUUCUCUCUAGGAGCUAGGUGGCCCUGCUGGUGCUGAAGCACUGUGCCAGCAGCCUGGCCUUCCCCUGGUAGUGUCACCAGUUCCCUUUAGCCGUGCUUCUCUCUCCUUUCCUCCCCCAAGUCCCCCAUUGCUAGGAAGGGUAGAGACUGCAGGUGCUUUUGGAGGGCUGGGGCAGAGCUGGCUGGUGCUCAGCCUACACACCGUGCCACUAGGUGGGUGAGGCAUGCAUGCUGGUAUGUACUGGUGUUACUGGUCAGUGCCCUGCGCUCUGUCCUAGGCUAGCAUUCGUCAUAUGUCACCCUCUGCCUUGAAGCAGACCAAGCUCGCUCUGUUACCCCAUCACUGUGCUAUGGAAGGACAGCAGCUGUGCCAGGAGGGUUAACUGGACAUCUGGCUUCUUUCCUCUUCUCCAGCAGUGUGUUAUCCUCUUCCCUUGGUUUUGGUUUGUAAGGCUCUGGCACCCAGGCUUUCUCCCGCUCUGGCUUUCUGGCACUGACGUGUUGGCCUUGUUCACCUCUCCCUUCUCCUGUGCCCUAGCUUUGCUCUGGGACAUCUGGAUUUGUGACUGGCUGCUGGAGAACCCUGAUUCAGGCAGUGUGGUUACA